AUGGCAACAAAUGGUAGCAAUACUCCAACUGGAAUUCAAAAUCGAAGUUUUCCUGAUCUAACAAAAGUCAAUAUACGUGGACGCGCUGAAUUACUUGGUCCUCGAAAUAGUUUAUAUAAAUCAGCCUAUAGCAAUAGUUCAAGAAAUGGAGAAAUAAAUAUCAAUGAAAAAUUCGUUCGUGCAUGUGAAAAUGGAGAUUAUAGUACAGUACAUCAAAUUCUUCGUGACAAUCCUAAAUUUAAUAUUGAUGUUACCAAUCAAUUAGGUCGUACAGCAAUGCAAUUAGCUAUUGAAAAUGAACACCUUGAAGUUGUUACACAUUUAUUAUCUCAAUGUGAUGGGCAAAAAAUGCGUGAAGCUAUUUUAUUAGCUAUUUAUCUUGGUCAUGUACAAAUAGCUGAAGCAUGUUUACGUCAUCCAAAAUUUAAAAUAUUAUCUGAACGAAGAGCUAUCACGGCUGAUGAAGAAGCAUUUUGGCAUACACCAUCAUCAGAUGAUGCACAAUUUUCACCUGAUAUAACACCAUUAAUAUUGGCAGCACAAUACAAUCGAACUGAAAUAGUUCAAUUACUCUUACUUGGUGGUGAUCGUAUAACAAAACCACAUGAUUAUCAUUGUAAAUGUUUACAAUGUCAUCAUAAAUUCAAAUUUGAUUCAUUACGUCAUGCACAAUCACGUUUAAAUGCAUAUCGUGGUUUAGCAAGUGAAAGUUAUAUUAGUUUAGUGUCAGUUGAUCCAAUAUUAACAGCAUUUGAACUUGGCCGAGAAUUAAGAGAUUUAUCAGCAAAAGAAAAAUAUUUUAAAAAUGAAUAUAUGAAUUUAGCUGAUCAAUUAAGUGCAUAUGCUGUGAAAUUACUUGAUAAAGUUCGUGGCCAUAGAGAACUUGAUUGUGUUUUAGGAAAAACUGGGAAAGAAUCAGAAGAAAAAUACUUACUUUUAGCUAGACUCUAUUUGGCAAUUAAAUAUGCAGAAAAACCAUUCGUUGCUCAUUCAAAUUGUCAACAAAAAUUAGUUGAAAUCUGGCAUAGUCAAAUACGUAAUUUAUUCAAAUUAAAUCCUUUACUUAUUCUAUUAUUAAUUAUUUUAUAUAUAUUUAUUUUACCAUUUGCCUGUGUAAUUUAUAUCUUAACUUCAUGGUCAAAUUACACCAACAAACUUCAACGAUUUCUUCAACAACCAUGUAUAAAAUUUAUUGGUCAUAUAAUAUCAUAUGCAAUAUUUAUUGUUUUAAUUAUUGUUUCAAGUCUUUUAUUUGCUAGUGAAUUAAAAAAACAAUCAACACACUUAAGCCAUUAUAAAAAUAUAUCAUUUGCAUUGAAUCAAUCACUAACAAAUGCAAAAGAUUUGUCUGCUACAGGAGGAGAUUGUGAUAUAUAUCCAAACGAUGAUCUCGUCUUUCGAGCUCAUAAACCAACAUGGAUUGAUAUAACAAUUUCAGUUUUUGUUGUUGGUUUUCUUUGGCAUGAAAUUAAACAAGCAUAUAAUGAUGGUCUUCAAGAUUAUUUUCUUUCAUGGAAUAAUAUUGUUGAUUCAUGUAUGAAUAUAUUAUAUUUAUCAUCAUUUGCACUUAAAUAUUAUGUGAUUUAUCAGGUAAGAAAUAAUUUAAGAUAG